CCCAGAGGGAGGGGGUUGAGGGGGCGGGGACUUGGGAAGGGAACUCCCUAAUUUUUCCCCUCACCGUCGUCGGAUCUGGUCUCUGAGAACAAGUGUAUUAUUGGCCAGUGUAGACCUGGCCAGGCUUCCAAGCAAGACAUCCAUCCUGGGAUCCUGUAAGAAUCUGUGAGAACUUCUCAUCCCCACCCCCAUCCCGGGGUUCCUGGGGGGAUUCUCACCGCCAGCCAGCCGCGCCCCAUAGGAUCCCAGAUUGCAUUGCAAGGGAGCCCCAGAGGAGAGGAAAAGCACGCUUUCGGUGGCUGAACCUCCGGACCAGGUGUGUCCUGUCCUCCACCCCCACUCUCCAAACGCGCAGAGAUUGGACCAGGCGAAGUAGAAGAAGUUCACCUGCCAGAAAUUCAACCAUCCUACUUGGUGAUCCAGAGAAUUCAUGCCUGAGGGACACUGCCAGCUUUGCAAAAGAGUACCCACCAAAAUGGCCGCCUUGGGAGACACGCUACCCUUCUACGCUGGUCCCAAGCCAACCUUCCCAGUGGACACUACGCUGGCUAUCAUCAUCAGCAUCUUUCUGACAGCGCUGGUCACCUUUAUCAUCAUCCUGCCUGGCAUUCGGGGCAAGAUGAGGCUGUUCUGGCUAUUGCGUGUGGUGACCAGCUUGUUCAUCGGGGCUGUGAUCUUGGCCGUAAACUUCUGUUCCGAGUGGUCUGUGGGCCAGGUGAGCACCAACAUGACGUACAAGGCCUUCAGUUCCAAGAGGAUCAGUGCUGACGUGGGGCUGCAGGUGGGGCUGGGAGGCGUCAACAUCACGCUCAUAGGGACCCCUGUGCGGCAGCUGAAUGAGACAAUCUAUUACAACGAGGCGUUCACCUGGCGCCUGGGCCAGAGCUAUGCUGAGGAGUACGCCAAGGCCCUGGAGAAGGGGCUGCCGGACCCCGUGCUCUACCUGGCUGAGAAGUUCACCCCAGACAGCCCUUGCGGGCUGCAUGGCCAGUACCGCCUGGCAGGCCACUACACCUCAGCCAUACUGUGGGUGGCUUUCAUCUGCUGGCUGCUGGCCAACGUGAUGCUGUCCAUGCCCGUGCUGGUGUAUGGGGGGCACAUGCUGCUGGCCACGGGCCUCUUCCAGCUCUUGGCACUGUUCUUCUUCUCCAUGGCCACGUCUCUCACCCCACCCUGCCCCCUGCACCUGGGCACCGAGACGCUGCACACUCACUGCGGGCCCGCCUUCUGGGUCACGCUGGCCACAGGACUGAUGUGUGUGCUGUUGGGCCUGGCCAUGGCAGUGGCCCACAGGACGCAGCCCCACAGGCUGAAAGCCUUCUUCAACCAGAGUGUUGGGGAGCACCCUGUGAUGGAGUGGAGUCCUGAAGAAGGGGGCCUCCUGAGUCCCCGGUACCGGCCCAAGGCUGAAAGUCCUGAGCCCCAGGACAUCCCACUGUCUGAGGCGGCCUCCGAAGCUGCCUCCGAGGCCUGCUGCAAGGAAGAAUGUCCCAAAGAGGCUGACCAUGCUCUCUGAGGCUCCCUUCCCCAGAGCAUCCGGACUCCCAGUCUGGCUCCAGACCUUGCUGGAGCCCUGUCGAACCAGGACUAUGUCCACAGGAUGGGCUGCACCAGACUGUAGCCCCAUCUGUACAUGUAGGAAAAGGAGGCAGUACUGGCGAUGUAAUGAAGACAAGACAAGGACUGGGGACAGAGCUCAGUGCUUCACAUGUGUGAGAUUCUGUGUUUAAUCCUGAUACCACACAUACAUGAC